AACACAACCACAGCAAGCGGGUACGGUCAGAACGUGGGAAGGAGAGAAGCUGGCUGGUAGAGAAGAUGGCGGAUGGGGACAGUGGGAGUGAGCGCAGUGGUGGCGGGUUUCAGCACUAUCAGCGGGAUCAGGAGACCCAGGAGCUAGCCUCAAAGCGGCUGGACAUCCAGAACAAACGGUUCUACCUGGAUGUAAAGCAGAAUGUGAAGGGCAGGUUCAUCAAAAUAGCCGAGGUCGGCGCAGGGGGCUCGAAAAGUCGACUGACCCUUUCCAUGUCAGUCGCCGCGGAGUUCCGUGACUACCUGGGGGAUUUCAUAGAACACUACGCCCAACUUGGGCCUAGCAGCCCCGAGCAGAUCGCUCAGUCAUCAGGCGGGGAUGACAGUGGGCCUAAGCGGGCCUUGAAGAGUGAGUUCCUAGUUCGAGAGAACAGAAAAUACUACCUCGAUCUGAAAGAGAACCAGCGGGGGAGGUUUCUCCGGAUCAGGCAGACCGUCAACCGAGGACCCGGGUUCGGAGUAGGAGGUGGCGGAGUCCCAGGUGGCAUGCAAUCCGGACAAACCAUCGCCCUCCCGGCCCAAGGGUUAAUAGAGUUCCGUGACGCCCUUGCCAAACACAUAGACGACUACGGGGGAGAUGACGAAGAACUCGCCUGUGGCGGAGGAGCAGGGGACUACAGCGAGCUUCCGGAGGGCACCUCUAUCAUGGUGGACUCCAAACGGUUCUUCUUUGACGUGGGAUCCAACAAAUACGGAGUUUUCAUGAGGGUGAGCGAAGUCAAACCCAGCUAUAGAAACUCCAUCACUAUUCCGUUCAAAGCGUGGGGCAAGUUUGGAGGAGCGUUCUCCCGUUAUGCCGAAGGGAUGAAAGAGAAACAGGAGAGACAGAAGGAUAAAAUGUUUGAAAAGAGACCAGGAGGAGCAGAAGAAGAGUCGGAGGUAGACUAUGCAGAUGAUUAAUUGAUCAAGCGGGCUGUGCGAUCAAGCUGUCAACGUGAAGCAAAGCUUGGAUAGAAUAACUACUAUUUUGUGCAUGACAAAUUGAAUUUUAAUGAUAAACUGUGGCGUAAGUAAAGUAUAUUUGACUGAGAAAUACUGUCUAUAUUAAGAGAGGAUCUAAAUUUGUGCUCAGAAGUUUAGAACCAUGGGUUUGUGCUAGCUAAACGAGUAAAAUUAGCUUGUCAGCUCAUAUAACGUUAGCUCUUGGUCUUGACUAUGAGAUUUCCAAUUGACAAAAAGUAAAUACUUUUGUACAUGUAAUAACCCCACUCAUGUAGCCCAGCAAAUCCAGUCUCACAAUGUUUCACAACAUGACAUUAGCCUACUGGUCUCAUUUACCAGUAGAAUAUCUAUUUUUAACUCUAAAGAACACAUUUAGACCGGAACUAUGUGCUAUAUUUGAUAAGAAAGUGAAAAUGUGGUGUGUUGCUGAGCAAAGAGAUGUGAAGCUCAUCAUUUCCCAAUACAUUGCUGUGUGUUCUGUGGCUCUUAUGGUUGUAUAAAGACCCGUUGUAUUGUUUUGGAAGAAUCUGAAUCAUUGUCCCAACACCAGCCUGGGACACAGAAUUGGGCAGACAGAACAGUGAGCAAAACAGCCUGGUCCCAGAUCGGUUUGCGCUGUCAGUGUCUUGCCAACUCCUGGGUCCAGGCUAAGCAAGACAACCACACAGACCUGGUUCAGUGACAUAUAGGCCCUAGAGACAGGCAGCAUCAUAAGUGAACAGCUCCAUUGGUUGGUAGGGGGUUCAUCAUGACCACAUGAGUGGCUGCAUGCUGGGUCAUGAAUUGAAAAGCAGGGGAUUCCCUCACCCUCCUUUAGGCUAUAUUGCUGCUCAGCUCCCAUAGUAGAUGGUUGUUAUACUGGCUGAUGAUACUCACAGAAUCUCUGUUCUCUCGGGCCUGUGCCUGUAGGGAUGAUAUAUGAUCUAUCUAUGGACAUUUUAGUAGGACGAGACCUGUGUGUGCUCUGUAUUGUCAACCACAAGGAUAGGAGGGAGGCCUGUAUGUCAAAUCCAGCAAUCUGUUAGAUUUUGGUGACUCAGAUUGAAGGUGGCACACUAGGCCCUGUUGAGGCCCCAGGGAUUCUGCUAAAGCUAGCAUGUCUGGCACUGGUCUUUGCUUUUAGGGACGGUUUCCCGGACACAAGUUAAACCUAGCCCUGGACUAAAAAUCAUGCUCAAUUGAGAAUCUCUAUUUAAAUAGAUCAGUAGUCCAGGACUAGACUGAAUCCGGUCCGAGAAACUGGGCCUUACAGUUUAACAUUGAUACUGGGCACGAUUAAUUAAAAAAGGGAUAUGUCUUAAUGACAAGUUUAGGAUAAGUCACUUAGGCUGCGUUUAGACAGGCAGUCCAAUUCUGAUAUUUAUUUUCACUAAUUGGUAUUCUGACCAAUCAGAUCAGCUCUGAAAAAGAUCUGAUGUGAAAAGAUCUGAUGUGAUUGGUCAAAUUAGUGGGGAAAAAGGUCAGAAUUGGGUUGCCUGUCAAAACGCAGUCUUGGAUUCAUGAACUCUGAUCAUGUACGACUGAAAGAAACUUCAGUAUGAUUGUCAAAUUGGUGCUGUCCUAAAUAUACUGAAGGAGAUAUACUCACAAAAAGAUCAACUAUAGAUAUAAUUAUUUUUCAAAUAAAUAUAUUGAAAUAUGUCAUAUAUAUAUAUAUAUAUAUAUAUAUAUAUAUAUAUAUGACAUAUAUAGAUAUAUUCAAUACAUUUUACAUUUUAUAUAUUGCUGCCUAAAGUAAACUGGCGUAAGCUAUUUAAACACUAAAGCUUGGAUGCAAUCAUCCAGGGAAAUAUUUCAUACCUGUUUUUUUCUAACAUUUUAUUUUAUUCUGUGAGAGUAAAAUAAAGAGCAUAGAAAACAAUAUUGAAGUACUAACAAACGCAAACAUUCUUUUCUUUUGCAUAUUCUGAUUGCUGUAUGUUGGUAUUUAUCUUAUUUUGGGGGGGCAGCCUAGAUUGAAUUAAAAUUGACAAUGACAAAAAAAGAAUCAAAAGUUUUAUUGUCAACAUACAUAAAAUCAUGGCAUUCGUAACCUUGUUCAGGAAAUGACAUCUUCAACAACAACAAAACAACCACCAUCCCAUUUGUGUGAACCAUAGAGAUAGAUAGAGGACUCAUCUUUAUAUCUGUGCUAUUUUAGCGUUUGUGACAGCAUGGGCAGCGCCCUUGAGGCAAUCCCCAUUUUGAAGUGGUCCAUUUUCUUCUUCACGAUUGGCUCAUCCCUACUGAUGACCUGACUGGACAUGACUCCAACAGGGUCAUCAGGAGGGAUCAGCCAAUAAAGUUGGAAGUCCCACCCAGUUGACUACAUUAAAAUGGUGGAGGCCCUCAAUGGCGCUGCCUAUGCUUAAACUGCCUUUUGGCCAGUAGAGGCCUCUAUCAUUCUCUAUGGUGUGACCCUCUUCCUGUUGGUUUUACUUUACCCUUCAACACAGCAGGAGAGAAUUUGUCAUACAAAAAACAAUCGUAGCAAUCUUUUUUUUUUCUACUGAUAAAAAAAAUGUAUGUAUACAGACACACACGUUUGAAGUAAAACCUUAUUCCUGUACUGUGUUAUGUGAAAUGGCAGCUGUUUCCCUCAUGUGUUCUGCUGUAAUAUUUUACCAAGUUCCUUUUAACGUAAAUAAAAAGUUAUUUGCUGA